AUGUAUUUAAUUUUGACUAUAGCCGCCGCCUUAUCGUCUCUAGCCUCAGCCCGUCCCCAAUACAACUACCCGCCUCCCACGCCGCAGAUACCCGGCACAAACUACGGCACCCCCGCCGGCGGAGGCGGCUCCAUCGCCACCAACGAAAUAACCGGAGGUUCAUCGAUAUCCGGCGCCGGCAUAUCCACCGGCAGCGGCGCGAUAUCGACCGGAGGCGGCGCGAUAUCGACCGGAGGCGGCGGCGUGCUGGUCCAGAAGCACAUCUACGUGCACGUGGCGCCGCCGGAGCCGGAGGAGGCGCGCCCGCAACGCCCCCAGGCCGCCGCCCAAUCGACCAAGCACUACAAGAUCAUCUUCAUCAAGGCGCCGUCGGCGGCGGCGCCCACCGCCCAGCAGAUCGCGCUCGCCGCCCAGAACCAGGAGAAGACGAUCGUCUACGUGCUGGUGAAGCGGCCCGAGGAGGCGGCCGAGGUGGUGGCGCCGACGGCGGCGCCCGCCGCCCCCUCCAAACCCGAGGUGUACUUCAUCAGGUACAAGGCGAAGAGCGAGGCGAUCGGAGGCGGCGCGACCGGCGGCGGCAUCAUCGGGGGCGGUAACAUCGGGGGCGGUAGUACCGGGGGAAUCAUCUCUACCGGUAGUUCGGGUAGCAGUAGUACCUUGGUGAGCGGGGGCGGUGGUAGACCUGCCGCCCAAUAUGGACCGCCCGGGCAAAGCGGUCCUUAUUAA